CUUAAUUAUUUUCGUGUUCCCAGACUGGUACAUUAUAUAUAUUGCGAUUAAUUAGGACUUCUUGUUUUCGCACGUAUAAUUUCUUUUUUGCUUCUGUUGGUCUAUCACGUAGUGCCUCUUUGUCACAAGAUGUUUUGAAGUUUAAAUCAUUGUGCGCCUCUAUUUUUUUGUAUCUACUACUUGUCCAGUUGACCGUAUUUUUUGUGGCAUCCGCUUCGCCCUCGUGUUGUUCGCGUGAUAAUGGUCAGUGCCUUCGUGUGUCUUCGACACUGGUAGCAAUGACUGGGUGUUAAUGGAAGCGAAGAGGCACUUCAGUAGAUAUUCCUCGGUAAUUGGAUAUUUGAGGUUCGUGGAUACCGCUGUCAUCGGAAUAUGAACGACACGAGAGAUGGACUGAGGCGGGCAAAGAAAUGGGUCUUAGAUGUUGGAUGUAUUACUGAGGGUGGAUGUGAGACCCCCGGGUGCCGAGGUGGGAGUGGUGAUGAGCUGGACCACGUGUGUCUUCUGUCUGUCGUCUCUGUCUGUCUGUCUGAUGAGGCGUGUCCUUUUAUACGGCGGCUCCCUUCGAGGACAGGUGUUUGCUUCCGCCCUCUGGAGUGUCAGAUUCAUUAGGCAAAGGAGGUAGUGAGUUCGUAGAGCUUGCAUUCACCUUGGGUCAACUAGGAUCGGGUGUGGAUGCAGACUCAGGAGGACUUCGACAGGAAGCAUGGCCUUCCUAGCACGCGCAGGGAUGCUGAGCGGACUGAGGGCGGCUGAGAGAUUGCAGCUGGCGAGGGCCAUCGCCACUGCAUCGAAGGCCACCAGGGUCGGCGUCGUGGGCUGCGGCAACGUGGGCAACGCCGUGGCCAACAACCUCAGCCGGAAGGGCUUCACGGUCGCCGCGGCCUUUGACACGGACGCCUCGCGGGCGGCCGCCAUGCCCGCGGGCGUCGCCGUCGCCAGAUCGCCCAGGGAAGUGGCCGAGAUGUGUGACGUCAUCGUUACAGGGCUGCCGCGUCCCCCUAACGUAAAAGCCGCUGCCGAGGGACCGGACGGCAUCCUGGCGGGCCUGAGCAAGGGCAAGGUGUGGAUCGACCAUUCCACCACCGACUACGAGCAGACGCUGGCGUUCGGCGAAGAAGCAGAGGCGAGGGGCGGCCACGUCCUGGAGGCUCCCAUCACGGGCGGCUUGGAGGCCCUGAAGAAAGGCCAGAUGGUCGUCCACGUCGGCGGAGACAAGCAAGUGGCCGACGCCAUGAGACCCAUUCUUGACGCGUCUUAUAACGAAGUUUUCUACGUCGGCAAGAUCGGUUCUGCCAUGAUGGUCAAGGUGGUGUCCAACAUGCUCGCCUGCGUCCACAUCAUUGCCAUGGGCGAAGUCCUCAUGCUGGCCAAGCGCUCCGGCCUCAACCUGAAGACGUUCUGGGACGCCAUCCGGGUGAGCGCCGGCAACAGCUUCGUGUGGGAGACGGGCGCGCCGCUCAUCUUCAACGGCUGCUACGACCCGGGCUUCACGAUGGCGCUGCAGAACAAGGAUCUCCAGCUCGGUUACGACAUGGCGAGGAAGUUCGAGGUGCCAAUGGACAUGCACCAGCUGGCUCUCAGCAUCUACCGCCGCACACAGUACCAGCUGGGUGACGAGGCAGGCUGCUACUCCCCGCCGAAGACCUACGAGCUGGCGUUGGGCGAAAGUCUGCAGGUCCAGGAUUUUAAGGACUGGACCUACGAUAACGAGAUUUACAAGGGCUCGUUGGUGGUUUCCCAUAACAACCUGGACUAAUCGGGGGUGUCAGCGAUAUCCUAAUGAGCUUUUUGCGGAAAAUGGCAAAACGGUUUACGUGUAGAAACGUAUGAAUUUUGUAUUUUUAGGUUUUGAUGUAUUUUUAGCUUUUGGUAAAAGAGAAAUUAUUAAACACUGUCCGUAACACGUCACUCGUACGAAAUAUUGCAAAAGUGUAAUUCAUACAUUUUUUUAGUUAAUGUA